UACAUAAUAAUAAUAUGUCUAAAAUUAUUUCUAUGAAAGUUGUCGAGGGUAUGCCUGAGGGUAUGCUGUUUAGAGGUUCUAGAAACUGAAAUAUUGGAACAUGGAAAAAUGGGCUGUUAUCCAUUUCACGGAUGAAGGUUCCGUGGAAGCAGUACCUCUAAUUUGGUUCGUAAAGGGAACUAAUGAAUGCUAUUGGCCCCCAAAGAACUUUAAAAGGUUUAUUCCUGAAUUUAUAAAGAGGCAAGAAGUCCCAGGUGAACAAUGGGAAUGUUUUCCAGCCAAAUUAAUGGGACAAUAUGAUUCAUAUGAAGUAGCUAUACGUAAGGCCAGGAAAGCACAAGAAAAUUCUGACUUGUCCUCAAAUAAUGAAUUAACUAGUUCAUCUGUAAAGAAAAGAAAAAGGUCUAAGUCAAAAAAAAAAUAUUCUUCUUCUGAUUAUUCCGGAACUGGAACCCCCAGUACUUUUGAAACCACUUUAAAGGCAUCUUCUACAAGAUGUGGCAGUAUGGAUGAUGUAAAUCAGUCUGACAAAGGCUCGGACAAAGAUUUUCGAAAAAAAGUUCUAAGGGCUUUAAACAUAAUUUCGGCAAAAUUGUCAGAACAAUCCGAAGUGUUGGAUACUUUAUUACAAAGACGAGAAGGGCAGCGCGAUAUGGAUCCAUCCACCUCUCAAAAGUUAGAUGAAAUUAUGUCAUUGUUUCCGUUACAGGACGAAGGGGUCUUAGAUCGUCUUGAAGAACUGUUGGGAAAUGCUGAAAAUUCUAAAGCAUUGGCGAAAGAACUUAGUAGAAUGGGAGGAGACGACGCAAAAGCCCUUACCAAGAAAAUAAUGUAUAGGUGUUUUACCAAUGAUCUUGGCGAGCUAUAUAGUUGGGACGGUGCAAAGGGAAAAAAGGCAUUCAAAGCUUUACUAAUCGCACAAGUAAUUUUAAAGGCCUCGAGAGAAAAUCCCAGAAUCCAGUCCGAUGAUCAUGUCGUGAUUAAUGCUAUCAAAAGCUGGCUGGUGAGGGCAAAAGACCGCCGGAACAACGCCUUGAAGAAAAAAUCGUAA